AUGAACGUGGAGAAUAUCUUCCCCAACAAUGACGUAAACGUGGAGGAAAUCGAGAAGCUCACGAAUAGCGAAAUCAGAACGAGGAUCAGCUUGAUCGACACGGAAAUUAAAAUAUUAAAAAAUGAGCACACGAGAUUGAAGAAUGAGUACAAGAGUCUACAAGAAAAGAUAAAGGACAAUGUGGAAAAAAUACAUCUAAAUAAGAUGCUCCCGUACUUGGUUGCAAAUGUAGUAGAAUCGCUAGAUCUGGAUGAUGAUGAGGAUGAAUCAAAUGAACCCAAAGAUGAAUAUGAUCUAUAUGUGAAUAAUUCAAAAGGAAAUAACGAUGAAGGUUUUAGAGACAUAGAUGAUGAAAAGAGAGGAAAAUGUAUGGUUAUAAAAACAUCAACCAGGCAAACUAUUUUCUUACCUGUUCCUGGUUUGAUAGAAGCAUCAGAAUUAAAACCAGGAGAUCUGGUAGGAGUGAACAAGGACAGCUAUCUCAUUAUAGAUAAACUACCUCCCGAAUAUGACAAUAGAGUAAAAGCUAUGGAAGUUAUAGAAAAACCAUCUGAAGAUUAUUCAGAUAUUGGAGGGUUAGAUAAACAGAUAGAGGACUUGGUGGAAGCAAUUGUGUUACCUAUGCUACAUAAGGAGAAGUUUGAAAAAAUUGGGAUCAAGCCACCUAAAGGAGUUUUGAUGCAUGGUCCUCCAGGUACAGGGAAGACAUUACUAGCUAGAGCUUGUGCUUCACAAACUAAUGCCACUUUUUUAAAGCUAGCUGGUCCACAGCUUGUUCAGAUGUUUAUUGGUGAUGGAGCCAAAAUGGUGAGAGAUGCGUUUAACUUAGCUAAGGAAAAGGCACCUGCCAUUAUUUUCAUCGAUGAGUUAGAUGCAAUAGGAACCAAACGAUUCGAUAGUGAACUGUCUGGUGAUAGGGAGGUCCAAAGAACCAUGCUUGAGUUACUAAACCAGCUAGACGGCUUCAGCACGGAUGAUACUGUUAAAGUUAUUGCUGCGACGAAUAGACCGGACACGCUAGAUCCCGCUCUACUUCGAUCCGGUAGACUAGACAGAAAAAUCGAACUACCUCACCCUAAUGAAGAAUCAAGAGCAAGAAUUUUGCAAAUUCAUUCUCGAAAAAUGAACGUCCACAAGGAUGUCAAUUUUGAGGAGUUGGCUCGAUCCACUGACGACUUUAAUGGGGCCCAACUCAAGGCUGUUUGUGUGGAGGCAGGGAUGAUUGCCCUUAGGCGGGGCGCCACGGAGAUCGACCACGAGGACUUCGUCGAGGGGAUCACUUCCGUCCUCUCCAAGAAGAAGAGCACACUCAAUUAUUUCACCUAG